AUGAAGAUUGCUGGGAUUCUUUCCACCGCCAUAAUGGCCCUCGCGGCGAUUGCCUCACCGGUGCCAUCACCGGAGGACUCGAAAUCGCCCGACAAUAAAGUCGAUUCAUACGCUACUCGGACCGGCUGGUACUACAUCAAGCGUGAUGAGGUCGACAAGCCGAAUGACGAUAAGAAUAACGUCGAUUCGUACGCUACCCGGACUGGCUGGUAUUACAUCAAGCGUGAUGAGGUCGACAAGCCGAAUGACGAUAAGAACAACGUCGAUUCGUACGCUACCCGGACUGGCUGGUAUUACAUCAAGCGUGAUGAGGCCGGCAAGCCGAAUGACGAUAAGAAUAACGUCGAUUCGUACGCUACCCGGACUGGCUGGUACUAUAUCAAGCGUGAUGAGGCCGGCAAGCCGAAUGACGAUAAGAAUAACGUCGAUUCGUACGCUAACCGGACUGGCUGGUACUAUAUUAAGCGUGAAGCAGACCAGGACGUCUCGUCCUAG